GUGAAGCUGAAAAUGAAUUUGCUGCUGACAAUCGCACUAUUUGGAACGCUUUCUUGGGCUUUGCCCAUAGGUCAAGAGACUGAGAGAAUUUCAAAAAGGGACAGGGAACUUGCUGAGAAAUACAUACAACAUUAUUAUCCUGAAUCAGAUUCAACACCUGUGAUCAAAAGCAAAGCCAAGAAUGGCAUUGCUCCAGAAAAAAUACGGCAGAUGCAGAAUUUCUUGGGGUUGAAAGUGACUGGCAAAUUGGAUGCAAGCACUUUGGAUGCUAUUAAAAAACCCAGGUGUGGCAUUGCUGACAUAGGAGAAUACAACAUGUUUCCUGGUUCACCUAAAUGGGCAAAGAAAGCACUGACAUACAGGAUUCUAAACUAUACCCCUGACAUGGAACCCCGCUAUGUAGACUAUGCAAUUGAGAAGGCUUGGAAAGUGUGGAGUGAUGUGACUUCCCUGACCUUCACCAGAGUUUAUAGGAAACCUGCCGACAUUGAAAUCUCUUUUGUUAAUAGAGUACACGGAGAUGCUUUUCCUUUUGAUGGGGAAGGUGGAAAUUUGGCCCAUGCCUUUUCACCUGCUUUCGGUGGGGACACCCAUUUCGAUGAAGAUGAAUUUUGGGCCAAGGAUUUGAAAGGAACCAACCUUUUUCUGGUAGCUGCCCAUGAGUUUGGCCAUUCAUUGGGGCUUCAACAUUCCAGUGAUUUAGGGGCUCUGAUGUUUCCAAUCUAUCAACCAAUGGAUCCCAAAGCCUUAAGACUUCACCGUGAUGAUAUUGCAGGCAUCCAGAGCCUUUAUGGAGCCCCUGGAGAUGAUGAUGAUGAGAAUGAGGAUGUAUUGGAAGACCCUACAACUGCCCCAACAGAAGUGCCAUCAACAGAACCAUGCCACCCUGACCAAGCUUUUGAUGCUGUGACUUCUCUUAGAGGAGAAACCAUAUUCUUUAAAGACAGUUUCUUCUGGCGAAAAAAUCCCCUCCGAAGUACAAUUGAGAAAGAUCCCAUUUCUGCUUUCUGGCCAACUUUGAGCACUGGCAUAGAUGCUGCAUAUGAAAACAGAGACAAGGACAUCGUCUUUCUUUUUAAGGGACAAAAGUAUUGGUCUUCCAGGGGAAAUAUUAUAGAGCAUGGUUUCCCAAGGAACAUUCAGAAUCUGGGCUUCCCACACAACAUUAAAAAAGUUGAUGCAGCAGCUUAUGACAGUAGUUCAAAGAAAGUAUACUUCUUUUCUGGUGACCGUUAUUGGAGGUAUGAUGAUGAAAAGAACUCCAUGGAGCAAGGGUAUCCAAGAAAAAUAGCAGCUGACUUCCAUAACUUUCGCUCCAAGGUGGAUGCUGCUUUUAUAGAUAAUGGACACUUCUAUUUAUUCAAUGGUCCAAAGCAGCAUGAUUUUGACUUUGCAACCAAGAGAUUUCUGGGCAUAAAGAAGAGUAAUAGCUGGCUGGAUUGCCAGUGA